CAUUACAUCAUGGAAAGAAGUAUCAUGGCACCUCAAGGAAUGGUGGUAACGCCUCACCACCUCGCCACCCAAACUGCCCUCGCCAUCCUCAGAGAAGGAGGUACAGCUAUGGAAGCCAUGGUGGCUGCUGCUGCGACCAUCGCCGUGGUCUAUCCACACAUGAACAGCAUUGGUGGAGAUGGCUUCUGGCUGAUUGUACCACCACAUAGUGACCCGGUGGUUAUAGAAGCUUGUGGUGCUGCUGGAAGCUUGGCAAAUGUAUAUUACUUAGCAGGAGAGAAGACUAUACCCUUUAGAGGCGUUAAAUCAGCCCUCACUGUCCCAGGAACUAUAGGAGGCUGGCAAGAAGCUUUAAAUUACGUAAGAGAAUGUGGAUACCAAAACAUGUCAGUAUCUCGACUUUUAGUUGAUGCUAUUAGGUACGCAGAAGAUGGAUUUCCUGUUUCCGGAUCUCUGAUUCAUGCUUUGAUAAAAGCAAAGAACUUUGAAGACAACUCGGAGACGUUUAAAGAAAUAUUUCUACCUAAUGGUAUAAUACUGAAGGAAGGUGAAAAAUUGUACCAGAGAAAACUCGCGGGUACUUUGAGAAACUUGUCUGACCAAGGAUUGAACAGUUUUUACCGUGGGAAAGUGGCAGAUUUAAUAGGAGAGGACAUGGCGGCUUUAAACAUGGCUAUAACAAGAGAUGAUCUUGCAAAUUAUACUGCUGUUAGGAGGACUCCAUUACGAAUGCCACAUAAGAAAGGUGACUUGUAUAAUCUUCCACCCCCAACUCAAGGUACUGUAUCUUUGGCCAUAUUAGGAAUGUUGGACAAGUUAAAUAUUGAUGGUAAAGAUGACGGACAGUUUAUACAUGCAACAGUUGAGGCCACCAAACAAGCUUUCAAACUGAGAGACCAAUACUUAACCGAUCCGAAAUAUAUGAAUGUUUCCAAUCCGCAAAGUUUGUUGUCUGACAAUAUACUUAAGAAUAUGGUAAAGAACAUUAACCCAGAUAUAGCGUCCUCUUCUGGAUCUGUAAAAGUUGCUGGAGACACAAUCUGGAUGGGCGUAAUGGACAACAGAGGUUUCUCAGUUUCAUUUAUCCAAAGUAUCUAUCAUCACUUUGGUAGUGGUAUAGUUUUGCCUCAAACUGGGGUCACUUUGCAUAAUCGGGGCACGGCCUUCGUUUUAAAUCAAGAUCACUUAAGAUCUUUAAAGCCUGGCAAGAAGCCGUACCAUACUUUGAACCCUGCUGCAGCUAAGCUUCAUGAUGGAAGAGUGAUGAUUUAUGGAACACGUGGAGGGGACGGCCAACCUCAAACCCAAGCCGCUAUCUUUCAUAGAUACGUUGUUCAAGGUCUUAAUCUGCAGAAAUCUGUGUCCAGUCCCCGUUGGGUGUACGGCAGAACAGUUGGAGAUAUGCACAACCGACUGCUUCUGGAAGAUAGAUUCAGUAAUGAUACCGUGGAGUACUUGAAGAAAAGAGGUCAUGACGUUGUUAUUUUGCCGUCGUUUAGUGAAGAUGUGGGGCAAGCUGGAGCACUAGUGAGGCACUCUAAUGGAAUGUUGGAGGGAGCCGGGGAUCAGAGAUCUGAUGGUAAUGCCGCUGGUUUCUAAACUGAGACUGAUUUUAUUCAUUAGGUUUAAGGUAUUCUAAAAAAAU